GUAAGUUGUGGCACCGCCAGUUCAGACAUCCAGUUUGUCGAGGACGGCAUUCUCACGGUUACAUACGAAGACGGUGAUAUUUGUCCGUCUGGCAAUGCAACGCGGUCGUCUACGUUCACCUUCUACUGCGAUCCGAUAGGCAAGGCCGACAAACCCCCCACGCUGGUUAAAAACGAACACGAUUGCGAGUAUGUUUUUGCCUGGGAAACUCCCCAUGCGUGUGGCAUCGGGGGAGACAGACAACCGCCGUCGAAUGAGGCGCCCAAACCAGCAGCUACCCCCAAACAUCCCGAUGUUCAGGUUGCUAAAUUGAACAACCCAUCCGUAUCCAUAAACUCAGUACCUCAUAUUCUCCCCGCCCUCCACCACAGCCUGCUUUUGCUGAUCGUCUGCUAUGUCGUGGGGGGAUCAUGCUAUAACUUCUUCGUUAAGAAGGAGUCAGGCGUGUAUAUCUUUCCCCAUUGGAUUAUCUGGUCCGGUCUAUGCGGGGGCCUGUAUGCAGUGGUGGCUGCAGGUCUGCAACGAGCUGGCGCUGGGCGUGGGCGGGCGAACGCCAAUGACCGUGUGUACGCGUCAAUACCGCAAACGGACGAACCACUGCUGAAUAGCGGCAGCGACGAGAGUGACAGCGACGACGACCAGAUGCUGCACGUUUAG